ACUCAUUCCACCUCUGUUCCCCAACCCCCUUUUCUCUCACCCUUUACCGUAUCACACCUCCCCCUCCCCUUUCUCUCGUUUCAAUAUUUUUUUCCGUCAGUCUGGGUUCUGUUCAUUCUGUUGUCCCGGCGGCUUUGGGAGGGGGUAGAGGGUGGGAUCUCGCGAUUGUUGGGACUUUUUUUUGCAGACUUACAGUGGAAAAUGGCGCCCGUUGUGACGGGGAAGUUUGGUGAGCGAGCUCAACCGCAGCGCCUAACAAGGGAGGCUAUGAGGAACUACCUGAAAGAACGUGGGGACCAGACUGUGCUCAUACUGCACGCUAAAGUUGCCCAGAAGUCUUAUGGCAAUGAGAAAAGGUUCUUCUGCCCUCCUCCAUGUGUGUACCUGAUGGGCUGUGGCUGGAAGAAGAAGCGGGAGGAGAUGGAGAGAGAGGGCUGCUCAGAGCAGGAGGCGCAGCCCUGCGCCUUCAUUGGCAUAGGCAACAGUGAACAGGAGAUGCAGCAGCUCAAUUUAGAGGGGAAGAACUUCUGCACGGCAAAGACUCUGUACAUCAGCGAUAGCGAUAAGCGCAAACACUUCAUGCUGACCGUCAAGAUGUUCUAUGGAAACAGCACAGACAUCGGCAUGUUCCUCAGCAAGAGGAUCAAAGUCAUCUCCAAGCCCUCCAAGAAGAAACAGUCCCUCAAAAACGCAGACUUGUGUAUAGCGUCGGGCACCAAAGUGGCAUUGUUUAACCGGUUGCGUUCCCAGACAGUGAGUACACGUUACUUACACGUGGAAGGGGGAAACUUCCAUGCCAGCUCACAGCAGUGGGGGGCCUUCUAUAUUCACCUGCUGGACGAGGAGGAGUCGGAAGGGGAGGAGUUUGCCGUGAGGGAUGGAUACAUUCACUAUGGUCAGACGGUCAAACUGGUGUGUUCCGUCACCGGCAUGGCGUUGCCCAGACUGGUCAUCCGGAAGGUGGACAAGCAGACAGCGUUGAUGGAUGCAGACGACCCGGUGUCUCAGCUACAUAAGUGUGCCUUCUACCUGAAGGACACAGAGAGGAUGUACCUGUGUCUCUCCCAGGAGAGGAUUAUACAGUUCCAGGCCACACCCUGCCCCAAGGAGACCAAUAAGGAGAUGAUAAACGACGGUGCUUCCUGGACCAUCAUCAGCACAGACAAGGCAGAGUACACCUUCUACGAGGGCAUGGGCCCCGUCCCCUCACCUGUUACACCUGUACCUGUGGUGGAGAGUCUGCAGCUGAAUGGUGGGGGAGACGUGGCCAUGUUGGAGCUCACAGGACAGAACUUCGCCCCGGAUCUCAGAGUCUGGUUUGGAGACGUGGAGGCAGACACUAUGUACAGGUGUGGUGAGAGUGUGCUCUGCGUGGUCCCUGACAUCUCGGCCUUCAGGGAGGGGUGGCGCUGGGUCCGUCAGCCCGUCCAGGUACCCGUGACCCUGGUCCGCAAUGACGGGGUCAUCUACUCCACCGCCCUCACCUUCACCUACACCCCUGAGCCAGGGCCCCGCCCACACUGCAGCGCCGCCGGGGCCAUCCUGAGGGCCCACAGCAACAGCGUCUCCUCCUCGUCGCCGUCGUCCUCGUCGCCGUCGUCCUCCGGCUCAGGGAGCCUGGGUUUGGGGGCGAUGGCGGAAGGCCAGGGGGGGUACGGGAUCGGCCCGGCCGGGGGUUCGACCAGCAGUGUGGCGUCAUCGUCGGGGUCGUCCGUGAUGUCCAUCUCAUCGUAGCGGA